AUGUUCAUUGAAACACUUGAAAUUAUACUUAAAUAUUCAAAUUUAUUUGAUUUUGAUCAAUUAUUAAUUUCAACCCAAAUUGGAUCUAUAGAAGAAAUGCGUGUUAGUGAAGUCUUAAAAACAGGAAUUAAAUUAUUAGAAGAUUCUAUUCAACAUACUACAAGUUCCUAUGUUCUUGUUAAAGUUAGUCUAGCUCAAUUUAUAGAUGAUAUUGAUUUUCGAAUAUUAACUUAUCUUGAACAACAAUUAAAACAACAGUACCCUGAUAUACGUGUUCGUCAAGUAACUGCUUCGACUUUUGCUAAUGAUUUUCAAGCUGCUGUACUCGAUUUACUUGUUCAAUUACUUUUAAUUCGUCAUUUUAUUUAUUGUAUUGCUGAAUUUCUUGUUAUGUUAUCACAUGAUACACUUCAUUCAAAACAAGUUAUUAAAGUACAAGAUUUAAUAAAACAUUAUGAUUUAUUAUUAGCAAGUGGACAUGAGCCUGAAACACAUGCUUUGGCAGCAUUAAAAGCAGUUUUAUAUGAUUUUUUUCUUGCUUUACGAUUGUUCACAGUUAUUGUCAAUAAAGUUCAAAUUGAAGAUGAUAAAUGGAAACGUCUUUCACGACAAAUUGUCUAUGUACUUCUUGUUCAUUUACAAUCACAUGUUACUAUUGGUUUAUCUCAGAUCUAUGAUUUUAUUUUAGCUAAACAAUUUCGAACAAUUAUAAAUGAUUUUCGUUAA